GUCAUAUUUUUCACAUCAAACCUUUAGCCCCCUUUCACCCCCAAUCAUCUCUAUAAAUCUGCCAGCUCUGCUUCACUGGUUCCCCCAACCUCCUCUUAUUUUCCUUAACAUCUUGUGCCUUGGAGAUUGGAAAGAUUUCCAAAAGAAAUAUUAAACUAAGAGGUUCUUUGUAGGCUAAGUGGCACUACAUGUGCUGUGGAAUCGCAUCAUUUGCUUUUAUAAGCUAUUAACCCCACCGUCCAUCUCACUCUCUUCUAUAUAAAAACUAAUCUACUACUACUGAUUAACUUCGUUUAAGUUAAUUCACAGAGGAAAUGGGUGAGGAAACCAAGCAGGAGCAACCGCCGGCAGAGGCUCAACCAGAAGAAGAGAAAGCAGAUGAGAAGCCGGAGGAAGAUAAGAAAGUGGAACCACCAGCACCACCACAGCCGCCUCCGCCUCCGCUUCCUUGUAUCUUGUUUUUGGACUUGCAUUGUGUGGGUUGUGCAAAGAAGAUUGAGAAAUGCAUCAUGAAGAUUAGGGGUGUGGAAGGAGUCGUAAUCGAUAUGGCUCAAAACCAAGUGUCAAUAAAGGGAAUUAUGGAACCCCAAGCAGUGUGCGCUAAAAUCGUGAAGAAAACCAAGAGAAGAGCUAAAGUGCUGUCCCCUUUGCCUACAGCUGAGGGUGAACCUAUGCCAGAAGUUGUGCCUUCACAGGUUAGUGGGUUAGAAACCGUGGAGGUUAAUGUAGACAUGCAUUGUCAAGCCUGUGCUGAGCAGCUGAAGAGAAAGAUAUUAAAAAUGAGAGGUAUAAUAUAAUGAGAAAUCUUAGUUCGGUUAAGUUCCAUACAAAUUUAAGAGCAGUACCCUUUUUGCAACUUAGCCAGCAAAAAGCUAUUUGUGAGCGUUAUUGAUCAACUGCAUGGCAGUGGGGCCUUAGCAAGGUGACAAGCAAUUAUAAUUUAUAUUGCUUUUGGAUCUUUGUUAUUACUUAAAAUUUACUUAGGGAUGAUUGAUGCA